GCGACUUCCAUGCGGGCUUAGGAGCUAGGGAUGAAUCGGGUCAAGUGCACUCGCUUCGUCUGCCAUGUGGGGUCGGGGGGCUGAGAGAUCCGACCCUUACGCGUUGCAAACCCGACCGACAACUUCAAUGUGUGAGAAGUUCAUCCAUUUACUUACUACCCAGCUAAUCAUUUUUGUCUUCCAACAUCGUCUUGCUGUGAUACCGCUUAUUCACUGCUUUGCUCGCGUCAAUAUCUCGCAGCACAGCAACAGUGCCGGAACCGUCCAACCUUCGGACAUCGCGCCGCCACGCCCAUCGGACUUCGCAGGCUCAUCUUAGCAGCCCUUCACUCGCCUGCCACAAUUAUAUCUCCGGACGGAUAAGCCUCCCCCGCCCGGGCCAUCUAAUUUCCAUAGCUUUCGGCGCUGCAACCUCAUCGCACCAUGCGUUUGG